AUGGCCGUGAAAGUUGGCUUUAUCUCUCUCUUCUGCAGAAAGGGAGACGCGAGACCGCUCUCUUCUCCUCCUGCUUCAUGGCUUUGGCCCUCUUGCAAGCACCCAACGACCCACUCCUUCAGAAAGGAAGACGGCGCUGAAGUUUCCGACGGCUUGGGUUCAUCGUACUUGGACUUAACCGAAUCGUGCUUCUCGACGGCGUCGGAGGACGACUCGGCGGCCGAGGGCGUGGAGGCCGUGGUUAUUCGAGGGCUACGAUCGGACCGGCUCUUCUUCGAGCCGGACAGCACGAGCUCGAUAACGGGGGCGGCGGCGGGGGCGGCCAAGACCGAGAGCCUUCCCUUCGAAGGAAGCAUCGCCAUGGAAGUGGAGUCGGAGGACCCGUACUGGGAUUUCAGGUGGUCCAUGGAAGAGAUGGCGAUGGCCCAUGGACUGGUGGAUGUGCAGUGGCUCGAGGAGAUGCUGUGCUGGUACUUGAAGAUGAACGAGAAGAGGUGUCACGGGAUCAUAGUCGAGGCCUUUCUGGAUUUGCUUCUGAGCCUCGCUUGUUCUAUUACGCCUGGGAUGGAGGAUGGGGAAGACGAUGUAUAUUAA